CAUCUGCACGAGCAACGAAGAUUUGUGACGGCGAGCCGAAGCCUUUAGGCGCUGCGGGAGAUGUCGGGCCAGGACUGCCGCUGGUGGACGAUAGUAUGGGCCUCAAAGCUGAAUAUGUGGAAGAGGGUCGAUAGCUUCCCUCUCUACCCUGAGUCGAACUUGUACUGAUCGGACUCGAAGCGUAGCUAUGGUCAUGUGGCGGAACCCCCAAAUAGGUCGUAUUCUGUGUGUUGCUUCCGGAGACGUCUUCAUUUCUACUUGCGGGUGGCCACUCCAGUUUGAUCGUCGAUCUGGGUCCAGGAAAUGAAGUCGGUUCCUUGUCUAGAGGUGAGGAAACUUGCGAAUCGGUCGGUGAUUCGACAUUAAUGUCCGGUGAAGCUGUCACCAGAGCCGUUGCUGGAGGCGUGUCUGGACCCAUUAUCAUUAUACUGGGAGUCACCAUGUCCGCUCCUGGUGGUGAUGGAGUCCAUGUGGGGGGCAUGUGGAUGAUAUCUGACGAAGAAGAGGGGAUACGGGAAGAAUGACAGUGCUGUGAUUAUAACCAGCGUCGCUUCUUGCACUAGCACUAAACCACACUAAGCGCCGGAAUUGAAGAUGGCUCAAAACACGUUGCAAUCUAUCUGUCAAUAAUCUGUACUCUCCGUGGAAAAUAUAGCCGGCGUGGAAGCAUGCAUGCUACGCAAAUCAUCAGAGCUUGUGCCAUAGAAUAUACAUUACAUCAUGUUGUGGUCGGUGUUUAAGAUUCGCCGUCACC